AUGCACCACGAAGACAAGCUUCUCCUAGAUGCCGCGAGUGGAGGGUCAUUGACAAAAAACAAGACCGAUGCAGAAGCAUGUGAAGUUAUAUCGGAUCUAGCGGACUCAACUCAACAUUCAAGGGCAAGGAGUCCACAACCAAAAGCCUUGCGUGAGGUUUCUCCCUCCAGAGAUGCAAUUUUAACUAAGACCCUCGAUGAGAUGACGAUUUUGUUGAGGCAAAUCACCCAAGGGCAACAAAUCCCUCAAGCUUUGAUAAAUGCUCCACCCCAACCUCCACGGAUAGAAGGACCAUCAAGGAUAUGUAGUGUUUGUGCUUGUAAUACUUAUUACACCGAUGAGUGCCCUCAAAUUCAAGAGGACACUACAUUGGCGGUUGCUAACCCUUACCCGCAAAGACCCAAUUACAACCAAGGAUCCUACCCACAAGGAGGUAAUCAAAACCAAGGGUGGAGAGAUAACUCAAACCAAAGGUGGAACGAAGCUCCUCAAGCUCAACCUAACCAAAAUGCUCAAGUCUACUACCAUAAACACCCACAAGGUCAACCACAAUACCAUCAACCAUACCAGCAACCCUCACAACCUCAACCUCAAGUGAAGUAUCAACAUCCAAAUAGUAGAUCCAAUCCUUCUCAAGUUAACCAAGCCCCUCCUUCCAAUCAAUCCCACAUGAAUGACACAAUUCACACUUUCAUGCAAGAACAAAGAAAGUUCCAUAAGAAACAAGAUGCUUACAUGGCUACAAUAGCCGAAGCCCUUACCCGUUUAACUCUCCCUCCUCAAACUACACAAAGCACCCAACAAGCUUCAACCUCAAGUAGUUUGCCCUCCCAACCUCAACCCAAUCCUAAAGGAAGCAUAAAUGCCAUUACUCUUAGAAGUGGUGAGGCAGAACCACCAAAGGUCAAGGAGCCUAAGAGAAAGACCUUGCUUGAAGAGCCUUUGCCGAUUCCAUUCCCUACUCUGGCCAAGAAAGCGAAGAAACAAGAAGAUUUUGACCCCACUGUGGUGGAAGUUUUUGAGAAAGUUGAAGUUACUGUCCCUCUCUUUCAAGCCAUUCAACAAGUGCCGAAAUAUGCCAAGUUUCUCAAGGAUGUUUGCACUCACAAAGACAAGCUUGGCAACCUCAAAAGAAAGUCGGUAGAUGAUUCUAUCUCUUCUUUACUUCUCGAAAAAUGCAAUGAUCCCGGCCCAUGUUUGGUGACUUGUUUGAUUAGUGAGAUUAAGUUCAUGGACUGUAUGUGUGAUUUGGGGGCAUGUGUGAGUAUCACGCCACUCCCCAUCUAUGAAAGAUUGAACUUAUCUCCCCUAAAGAGGUCCGAUGCGAGGUUUGUAUUAGCCGACAAGAGUAUUGUGUCAGUUGUGGGGAUUGCAGAGAAUGUCAUAGUUAAUAUUCAAGGAUUGCUCUUUCCAGUUGAUUUUUACAUUUUGGAGACUCCUCCCAUUGACUCAACAAAGCCAUCAUCAAUACUCCUUAGAAGACCAUUUUUGAAGACGGCCCGUUUCAGGCUAGAUGCACACUCGGGAGUCUAUUCUUUUGAGUCGGAUGGCAAGUUAGUCAAGUUCACUUUGGAGGAGUCCAACAAGCCCAUCCUUGAAGCUUACUCUAUUUUUGGGUGCGACAUAGUUGAAGACGAAGUGAGUGAAGAUGGCACGGAGUAA